GGGCUGUGGCGCGCGCUGUUGUCUUCGGUGCUAAGGGGCGCGCGGAUCUAGAGGCGGAGGGGAAGGGGCCUCUGCGAGCAUUGGGGCCACGCAGCCACCUGUGAGUCUCCGGCAACUGCGGGCGGUGGCGGCAUCUCCGGCCGGAGACAGAAGACGCUCGGCGGACCCCGCCCGCCCGCCCGCCGGGUUCACACACACUCGCACCCGCGCGCACACGCACAGUCAGCCGGCAGCGGCCGCAGCAGCUAUGCUCGCCGGCAGGUCGGGGAAGUUUCCCGCCGGCCUUGGCCGCGGGUCCCCAUGCUCGCAGGUGUAGCGCCCUCGCGCGGCGCGGGCGUUUGGGCGUUUCCAGCAUGACCGGCCAGAGCCUGUGGGACGUGUCGGAGGCCAACGUCGAGGAUGGGGAGAUUCGCAUCAACGUAGGCGGCUUCAAGAGGCGGCUGCGCUCCCACACGCUGCUGCGCUUCCCGGAGACGCGCCUGGGCCGCCUGCUGCUCUGCCACUCGCGCGAGGCCAUUCUGGAGCUCUGCGAUGACUAUGACGAUGUCCAGCGUGAGUUCUACUUUGACCGCAACCCCGAGCUCUUCCCAUACGUGCUGCAUUUCUACCACACCGGCAAACUUCACGUCAUGGCGGAGCUGUGCGUCUUUUCUUUCAGCCAGGAGAUUGAGUACUGGGGCAUCAACGAGUUCUUCAUCGACUCCUGCUGCAGCUACAGCUACCAUGGCCGCAAAGUGGAGCCCGAGCAGGAGAAGUGGGACGAGCAGAGCGACCAGGAGAGCACCACAUCCUCCUUUGAUGAGAUCCUGGCCUUCUACAACGAUGCCUCCAAGUUCGAUGGGCAGCCCUUGGGCAACUUCCGCAGGCAGCUGUGGCUAGCGCUGGACAACCCUGGUUACUCGGUCCUGAGUAGGGUCUUCAGCGUCCUGUCGAUCUUGGUGGUGUUGGGGUCUAUCAUCACCAUGUGCCUCAAUAGCCUGCCAGACUUCCAAAUCCCAGACAGCCAGGGCACCCCUGGCGAGGACCCCAGGUUCGAAAUCGUGGAGCAUUUUGGCAUCGCCUGGUUCACAUUUGAGCUGGUGGCCAGGUUUGCUGUGGCCCCUGACUUCCUCAAGUUUUUCAAGAAUGCCCUAAACCUUAUUGACCUUAUGUCUAUCGUUCCCUUUUACAUCACUCUGGUGGUGAACCUGGUCGUGGAGAGCACACCUACCUUGGCCAACUUGGGCAGGGUGGCCCAGGUGCUGAGGCUGAUGCGGAUUUUCCGCAUCUUAAAGCUGGCCAGGCACUCCACUGGCCUUCGCUCCUUGGGGGCCACCCUGAAAUACAGCUACAAAGAAGUAGGGCUGCUUUUGCUGUACCUCUCUGUGGGGAUUUCCAUCUUCUCUGUAGUGGCCUACACCAUUGAAAAGGAGGAGAAUGAGGGCCUGGCCACCAUCCCCGCCUGCUGGUGGUGGGCCACCGUUAGUAUGACCACUGUGGGGUACGGGGAUGUGGUCCCAGGGACCACGGCAGGGAAGCUCACCGCCUCUGCCUGCAUCCUGGCAGGUAUCCUAGUGGUGGUACUGCCCAUCACCUUGAUCUUCAAUAAGUUCUCCCACUUUUAUCGACGCCAAAAGCAACUUGAGAGUGCCAUGCGCAGCUGUGACUUUGGAGAUGGAAUGAAGGAGGUCCCUUCUGUCAAUUUAAGGGACUAUUAUGCCCAUAAAGUUAAAUCCCUCAUGGCGAGCCUGACGAACAUGAGCAGGAGCUCGCCAAGUGAACUAAGUUUAAAUGAUUCCCUACAUUAGCUGGGAGGGCUUGACAUCCUCAGACCCAUGUUGCUGAGCCUUGCGCCUUGGGCACAGUCCAGGCACCUUAGGGUUAGGGCGUAAGGAGUAUACCCAGCCCCGAAGGGGAGAGAUGCAUGGGAGAUGCACCCCAGGUUGCUUUUACAGUAUUUAGGAUCAUUUUUAGAGGGUGGUGUGUCUGACACCAUGCCUUUGCACCUUUCAAUGAAAUGACACUCACUGGUCUUUACAUCGUGGACAUGAAAUGUUCACCUUUCUGCCGGAUGAGUACCACCUAGAAUGCCAAUUUCUCUGUCCAUUGUGUUCUCUAUUCUAGUGCUCGUGGCCCAGUACUGUCUCUGAGUUGUUUGUGCUUCUGUUUCUGAGGUUGUCAUGUGAGUUUUGUACAACCCUUCCCCCCACAAAUCUGUCCAGUGGAAACAAGGGUAUGGUGAGGUUUUGCUCACAGUUGUGUGAAAACAAAAUCUCAGUUCUUUAUCCAUUGCUUUCACUUAGUUUUAAUACCAAAACAAAGAGGAUGUGACAUUAAGUACACAUGACUGAUGCAAGUCUGUGUGUUGUUUUUAUAAAUGACCUGUAGCUCUGUGGCUUGCAUGGGUACCCUGCUCACCUUUAGAACAAUGUACACUGUUGUUCCUCUCAUAGAUGUUGCUCUCUAGAGAAUGUUACUUUGUUAAACAUGUAGUGAAGAUUGAAAUUUUUCCCCAACAACAGAUGCAUUAGGACUGGGCUUUAGCUAAAUGUAGGCCAAAUUGCAGGAUGCUUGAAGACCCUUCAAAGUCAGGGCCUCCUUCUUUCCUAGCUGGUCAUAGAGACAUUUAUUUCUGGCUGAGGUUCCUGGUCUAGGUCAUUUGGCCAAACUCUGCUCUGUCUUAGACCUUAGCAUGUUUUUGAAAUGUUUCUUUUUUAAGAUGUUUAGAAAUAAGGUUGUGUUGUCUUUAUCAACUAAAAAGAGGUUUACUGUUGUAUUGUCUUUCUGAGGCAAAUGUUGUUGUGUGGAUAGCAAGGGCAGUAGCUUAGAAACUUUUGUUGCCUGCUCUGAAAGCUUCUAAAAUGAGAGACCUUUUUUUUUUUUCCCAAGCAGGAUAUACUUAGGUAAUGUUGCUUCUAGGAUACUGUAUGUUACAUACAAUGCUCUAAUUGCCCCAGAGUUCCUGGUGUGACUUGGAAACCUGGUGGUGUGGAAGUGUGUACUCAAAAUAUAGACACAUGGUUUAUCCAGGAUGGAAAUUAUGGUUCUCAUUUCCACUUCAGUUGCCUUUUGUUGGGGGAGGGUUGGUAGAAGCCAAGAGAAAGGAAAGAGUUGUAA